CCUUCCCCUAAUUUUGACAAGCAUGGACGCUGAGAGGAGUCUAGUCAAGUCUGAGGAUAUUUCAAGGCAUUUUGUAGGUUUUCAUUUGCUUUCGUGAACGUUCUGUAAAAUGGAAAAGAAACAGCGAAUCUUCAGUAAGUUAUUUUGUUUCAUUGAAGUGAUUCCAGCCACAGUUGCAGUCUGUGUUCCGUAGUUUCAGUUCUCAGCUGAUUAAAGUCGCAUGUCGCUAUGUUUCGGCUCUUCACCCAGCGCAGUCUCCACGAACUCUACAGAUGCAGACAGUUUGUUUCAUCCCGUGUCACAAAAAAACAGCUCGUAACUUUCCACCGCACAGUGUGUCGUCACAGAACAUUUACCCCGGUCCUGGCUCGCCCCUUCAGCUCUGGGAGCCCACUGAGGACAGAUGUCCUCCAGCCUAAAGGAGACAAGAGUGCGGAGGAGGAGUCAGUAGAUUUGGACAAAUGGAAAUCUGUAAUGAGAUCAAAAGCUGUACCAGAAGAGACCCAGCAAGUCAACAUUGACGAGGAAGCAAGUGAUGAUGAUGAUGGAGACCUCACAGAACCUGAAGGCGACUUAAAGGGCCGCUCUCUUCUGGAGGCAACCAGGGAUCUUGUUGUGAUGUGGCAGCAAGCUGGGAAGCUCGUACCUCAUGAGAUGAGCGAUGAGGAGCUUGUGGAGCUGUCAAAGCUCACCACUAAGUCCUCCAGAAAGAAGUUCCUGAAGUACCUGGCCCUCAAAGAGGGCAUCAAAAGGGCACGCAAGGAGAAGCAGCAGCGGAAAAAGGCAGAGAGGGAAGCCAUACUGGAGCAAAAGAAACAAGAGGGCGGCAAUGUGGAGCUAAAAAACACGUUCCUCCUCCAGUACUGGAACCGCUCCCUGGACAAGCUUCUGGCCUGGAGGAGCGCCCAGGCCAUGCUGUUCAAUCAGCCGCUUGUUUUUGACAUGAGCUACGACUCCAGUAUGUCCAAGCGGGAGCUGGAGAACACGGUGGCCCAAUUGAUGGAGGUGGAAGCGUGGAACCGGCGUGCUACUGAACCCUUCCACCUCCACUUUUGCAACCUGGAGACAGGUGGGGCCUACGAGAAGGAGCUGGUCAAACGAUACAGUGCAGAGACCUGGGACAAACUGUUUAUUACCAGCACUGACCGCCAGCACGUGGAUGUGUUCCCCCGCGAAAGGCUUGUGUACCUCACUGCAGACUCCCCCAAUAUCCUCCACAACUUUGACCACUCCAAGGUCUACAUCAUUGGAUCUCUGGUGGACAGGUCCAUUCAGUCGGGCUUGUCUCUAGCCAAUGCAAAGCGUCUGAAGCUGGCCACAGCUCGCUUACCGCUGGACCAGUUUCUCCAUUGGGAGAUAGGAGCCAAAAAUCUGACUCUGGACCAGAUGAUCCGCAUCCUGCUCACUGUCAAGGAGACGGGGAAAUGGGAGGAGGCGUUGAAGUUUGUUCCUAAGAGAAAGCAUGACGGCUUCCUGGAAAAGCGAAACCAAAGAGAUGUCUUCGUACAAAACAGAGUCAGAGGAGUCGCUAAUAACAGACCAGCAAAGGACAGUGACCGUCUGUUAAAGACUGGGCAAAGAAAUGCUGAAAGGACAUUUAAAAAUGUGGAUCAAAGUCUGUACAGGCUGCACAAUGAGCCCAGGUCACACAGCAGAGACAGUACAGCUGGACUGUUCAGUGACAGAGACAGAAAACCUGCUGGGACCACAGUACGGGUGUCGUUGAAGAGCAAAAUGGUGGCCAAAAAACAGGCAGGCAAAGGCAAGAUGUGGUGGGGUGAUGAAUGAAGUCGCUGAGGAAAUGUAAAAUAGGAAAAAAACAUAAUAAAAAAAAUUGUACUUUGUACUGCUUUUUCAGAGGUCAAAUGCAGGGUUAGAAAUACAAGAAAGAGACGAGAAAAACAUAGAAAAACUACUUUGGUCUUUAUUUUGGUCAGAUAUACGAAUAAUAUAUGAAUAUUUUCUGGGAAGUAAACCACCACCAUUGCUUUCCACAGAGAUGCAUACAACCAAAGUAUAAACCGCAAAAUGUGUGCAACAUACAGCAUUACUUGUCAUUUCAUAGUAGUGUAUAAUGAGGCAAAAGCAGUACUUAAAAAAAUAAAUAAAUAAAAGGCAAUAACACAUACUUAAUUUCAAUUCAUUUUCAAUUUUUUCUCUUUCAAGUAAAGCCAAACCUAAUUGACAGACGGUGUAAUAAGGCUAUUAUACCUCUUGAAUGUAACACUGUAAUGUAUUCAAAUGACACAAUAAUAUAUACAUUAAUACAGUGUUUUAAAAUCACACAGAGCAACCGGGGCUCAGUAAUUCUGUUGCUGGUUGACACCGACGUAUGUAUAUGAGCAAAUAUAAAUAAAGCACGCCAGCCUGAAUUAAUCACA